AUGGGCGCUUUACAAUUUUUAUUCAUAUUUGUCAUGGUAUCAUGUGCCACAGCUUUAUUUUGUGGUGACAAAGUCAAUGUUCAAUUCGACACAAAAUAUGAUAAUAAUCACAAUGAACUGAAACAACUACUCGCUGAACACAAAACAUUUACACCUAGCAACUGGACACACUAUGUCUUACUGAUACAGAUACUCGUUAGUGCUGUGGUUUUCGUCAUUAUUUUUGUUUAUGCUUAUCGAUAUUGUUGGCCGAUAAUAAAGAUCGCCUGCCGUGGUAAACGACUUAAAAAUCGUAUCAAUGAUUUAACAUCAAUUACAACGUCUUAUAUUCAACCACCAUAUGCUCACACACCGAAUCCAGUAAUUAAUCAACCAUUACAUUCACCACUCAAUCAAAUCGUAUCAUAA